CUGACAUUUAAUUCUUCUCCUUCAAAACCCCCCCCCCCGUCGCCAAAGAAAAGUUUUUUUUUCCUUACCCUGCAACAGCCGGCGGCCAUGACAGAGCUAUCAGCGGCGCCCGUCCUCUCGACGCCCGCCGAGCACACCUUCGAAGACCCGACACCGACGCCCCCGCCGCCGCCGACCGAGCUGCGAACCGAAGAUGAACUCGCGUCCGUCUACGAGAUUGGGCGCACGGCGCGCGAGAUCAAGGAAGGCGGCUGGAACCGCGUCGCCCUGCAGUUUCCGGACUCGAUGCUGUGCGACGCCUCGUGGGUCGCCGAAGCGCUGACAAAGGCGCUGGGAGGCGGCGGCGACGGCCACCGGGUCUACAUCCUCGCCGACACGUCCUACAGCGCAUGUUGCGUCGACGAGAUCGCCGCCGAGCACGCCGACGCACAGGUCGUCGUGCACUACGGCCGCUCCUGUCUGUCGCCCACGUCCAGGCUGCCCGUUAUCUACGUCUUCACGCGGCACACCCUCGACAUCGGACAGGCCGCCGAGGCCUUCCGGAAAGAGUUCCCAGACAAGGAGAAGAAGGUCGUCGUGAUGGCCGACGUGACAUACCAGGACCACGUCGUUCCCCUGACGUCGAAGCUGCGGGCGACCGGAUACACACAGCUACUCCACACCCAAGUGGCACACGACCCCGCCGGCACGAUACCGAACCGCAGCAUCGUCGACUCGGCGUCCCGAGAGGGUUCCGAGACCGACCUAUCCCAGUACUCCCUCUUCCACAUCUCCGCGCCACCUCCGGCGCUCCUCCUCGCCCUGCAGACUCGGAUGGCCUCCCUGCACGUCCUCUCGACGCCGAGCCUCUCGACCGACGACCCGACAAGGACGACGAACGCGCUGCUGCGACGGCGGUUCGCGCGGGUCCUCACGCUGGCAACGGCCGGCGUGGUGGGCAUCCUCGUCAAUACACUCUCCGUGUCCAACUACCUGGGCAGCAUCGACCUCCUGAGGCGGCGCAUCGCCGAGGCCGGGAAGAAGAGCUACACGGUGGUGGUGGGCAAGCUCAACGCCGCCAAGCUGGCCAACUUCGCCGAGGUCGACGGCUGGGUGGUCGUGGGAUGCUGGGAGAGCGGGCUGGUCGAGGAGGACGCCGGGUUCUUCAAGCCCGUCAUCACGCCCUUCGAGAUGGAGGUGGCGCUGAAGCCCGAGAGCGAGCGCGUGUGGGGCCUCGAGUGGUGGGGCGGCAUCGAGAAGAUGGACCACACCGCCGCCAGGCCGGACGAGGAAGAGCUGGACGAGGAUGAGUCGGCGCCGCCCGAGUACGACUUGCGCACGGGCAGGCUCGUGGCCAGCCGGCCGAUGAGGAUGCCCAUCCGCUCGGCCAACGGCGCCGCCAAGGCCGACGACGGGGAGCGGAGCGCCCAGGCGCCGGGGCGGUCGGCCCUGGUGAAGCGGGAGGUCGGGGAGGUGGCCACCAUCAACGGGGUUCUGAGCCCCGGCGCCGAGUACCUGCGUUCGCAGAGGACAUGGCAGGGCCUCGGGACGGAUUACGACGAGGAGAGCAGCACCGUCGUCGAGGAGGGCCGCAGCGGCGUUGCGCGCGGCUACAAGGUGGGAGAGGACACCGGCAGAGCAUAACAAGGACUGGGUUUCCCGGGCACCAAAACGGCGUAGCGGGGAGGUGGGGGCACACUUGGGACCGGAAAAUAGACAGGGAGAGGAACGAGACGAUACCACAUUCACGAACAUGCCCCAUCUCCCUCCCUAUUGGAAAAGAAAGAUAUCAAGACAGUCUGCAACUGACAGACUGUAGACCGAGACCCGCGCACAUAAAGCGUUGAAAGAACCGGAUAAGAAAAAAGAUCAUGUCUGAUAUUUCCGAGUCGACGCCGUUAGAUUCAUCAUCAUUAAAGGAGGAUUCCUCCCGCUACAUGCGCCGGGUCGCUAAUGGAAACAGAAACCCCCCCUCUCAUCCUUUCCUUCGCUUUCGUCGUCUUUCUAGGCAUCCCUAUCCUCGUCUUUAUCGUGCUACCAUUCCUCAUCGUGUCAUUGCGUGGUAUCUUUUCUCGUUCUUAUUCUCGUUGUUUGUUGUUGUUGGUCGUGAUUUGAUUCGUUUCCUCCGCCCAUCCCCCCCCCCC